AUGCCGUUUACGCCAGGAUCCAUCGAUCCGGGCUCGGUGCUGAUCGCAAUAUCCCAGAGCGGCGAGAGCGCCGACGUCUUGGAGGCUGUGCGCAUAGCAAAGGGGUCGGGCGCCAGAGUCAUCUCCAUCGUCAACAUGCUCCUCUCGUCCCUGGCGCAGGAGUCGUCGCAGGUGCUGGCCAUGAACUGCGGGCCCGAGAUCGGCGUGGCGGCCACCAAGAGUUUCACCGCGCAGCUGGCGGUCAUAUACCAGAUCGUCGACAGGCUGUGCCACGGGUGCCUGAAGGUGGACUUUGGGGAGAUAUCCCAUGCCAUAAGCGGCAUACUGGCAGACUAUCACAAGAUAAGGAAGAUUGCCUCGGAGCUUAGGGACUCAUCAGACAUCUACGUGCUGGGAAGGGGCGUCCACCACCCGAUCGCCGCCGAGGCCGCCCUGAAGCUCAAGGAGCUCUCCUACAUACAUGCCGAGGGCAUUCCCGGUGGCGAGCUCAAGCACGGGCCGCUGGCACUGAUGGGCCCCGGCACGCAUUGGAGAUAG